UUAUAAACUAGUGAAAUUUUAUUAGAAUUUGUAAUUUUACAGUCAUAUUAACUUUUGGCUGUUUAAUAAUUAAUCAGAUUGCCAUUAUCGAACAAAACCUUAUUAAAUAAACUCGGAGACAAAGUCAUAAUUGAAUCUCGAGAUAACUGCUUUUUAUCGAUCCGAAGAAAACAGUCAGUCAUAAAUAUACAUAUACCCGAGAGAGGUUAGGAAGGAUUAAGCCAUUCCAUUGAUAAUUUUUCUUUAUAUAAUAGAUUAAUGGAAAAUCAAUACCAGCAAACGAUAAGUUAUCGCGCAGUUCCAUUAUCAAUGUUCGAUGCAUCGUACAUUAAUUAUAAUAAAUAUGCUGUAUCAGAACCUAAUUCUAGCACCCGGGCAUACGGACUUGCCCCGAGCACUUAUAAGGGUACAUUGUAAACUCUUACUAACUUGUACCAAACUUUAUGGUUUUAUACAGAAAUUUAUUACAAAAAUAACGGUAUACCUCAUUCAUACUCAAUGGUCCUUAAAGGACGCGAAACCUAACCUCAAAGACACAUCGGCCUCCCUACUUUUUCGUGUAUAACUCUUACAAUAAAAGGAAUAUAAAAAAACGUUUCAAACAAAAGUUUAUUGGAAUAAUAAGAGCUACAGACUCACGUUAAUAAAAUUUGCAAAAAAUUAUUUUUUAAUAAAAAAAAACGUUAUAAAAAUUAAUUUUAAAAAUCAGUUAACAUAGAUCUGUAGCUCUUAUUAAACCAUAAAAUUUUUAUUUAAAACAUUUGUUUAUGUCUUGAACGUUUUAAGAGUUAUGAGCGAAAAAGUGAAAGGAGCCCUUUGAGUCAAAAUGGAUGUAAUAUAAGCAUGUGCCCUUUAUGGCCGCUGCAGUUCUUAUCUCUUGUAGUAUCAAUAUUGUAGAAAUCACGUUAAACAAACUCGUUGAAAUUAACCAACCUUUGCACUGGUCUUUUUUUCUGUCUCGUCGGUUCACUAUUGAUUUAUAUUAGCGAGACAUGGAUUCAAAUGCAACUUGUUCAAAUUCAUUUUAAUGACUGAACUUUGACCACCGAAUGACACCGUUGAUUUGAGAGGUAGCCAGAAAAGAUGGUUGUUGCAUUGAAGCAUGAAGAAAGAAAAAACAAGAUGGAUGCCGAGAGGUAGUUGCAAUCAAGUGUGUAGACAAAUCAUCGCUUUCCAAAUCGGCUAUCGAUAAUCUCGUCACCGAGAUCAAUCUCUUAAAGAUAUUGAAGCAUGAGCAUAUCGUGGAAAUGAGAGAUUUUUUCUGGGACGAAGGGCACAUAUACAUCGUGAUGGAGUACUGCAAUGGCGGUGACUUAUCGAGCUUUAUAAGGAAGAAACACAAGCUACCCGAACAGAUUUGUCGUAGAUUUUUGCAACAGCUCGCGCUAGCUUUGAGAUAUCUACGCAAUCACAAUGUUUCUCACAUGGACUUGAAACCGCAGAACUUGCUACUAACCAGAAGGCCACAAUUGGUACUGAAACUCGGAGAUUUCGGUUUCGCUCAGUAUCUUUCGAACUCCGAACAAAAGUUUGCGAUCCGGGGUUCCCCUCUGUACAUGGCGCCCGAGAUUUUAUUGAAACACAAAUACGACGCCCGCGUCGAUUUGUGGAGCGUCGGUGUGAUCAUGUACGAGUGUCUUUUCGGCAAAGCUCCAUAUUCUAGCAGUAGCUUUCAAGAAUUAGCUGAAAAGAUCAAGGACAGACGACCUAUCGAGCUGCCUAAGGGAUCCUAUAUAUCACCCGAAUGUAAGGAUUUGUUGAUGUCCUUACUGAAACACGACCCCGAAGAGAGGAUAACGUUCGAUGAAUUUUUUGCCCACGAUUUUCUGGAUUUGUCUCAUGCUCCUACAAAGGAAAAUUACGAUAAGGCGGUAGAAUUAAUACAAGAGGCUGUGAAAAAUGAUAGCGAGAAAAAUUCCAAAGAAGCUUUUCAUCUUUACUGCGAGGCUCUUAGAUAUUUCAUUCCUAUUUUAACAAGUGAGACUGACUUUAAGCGAAAAGAAACGUUGAGAAUCCACGUUAACGAUUACAUUAGAAGAGCAGAGAAGCUCAAAGCAUCAUAUUUAGAUGAUGAUAGCGAUAAAAGCAAGUGUGCACGAGCGGAAGAUAAGGGAAAUUUGUCGUCCAUUCAAAGGAUACCGUCCUUGAACGAAGGAUCUUCAUUUGUAUACCACGAACUACGAAUUCUUAGCAAAACUACACCAAGUAUGGCGGAUGCGCUCGAGAUAGGAGAGGUUGCUGAACAGUAUCUUGCCGAGGGAAAUUAUGCUCUCGCGUUAGAAAAAUUUCAGUCUUGUUUAGGGAUAUUAGUACCCCUGCUGGGAAAAGAACCGGUAGGACGAAGAAGAGAUUUGUUAUAUAAACAGGUACAAGUGUGGAUGAAAGAGGCUGAGAGCACCAAAGGCCUUUUAGCUACUAAAGAUAUCGAAGAAUACACGCAACAUGGUACUGAAUCGAUCGAGCAUUGCAUAAUACAAUAAUUAACAAUUUACGAUUAAAACAUAAAAUGGCCGCUUAAAUUCAGCUGCCCGGAUUGUUCGUGUGCACAUAAAUAUUUGUACAUAAAAUUAUUUAAAUUAAUUUAUGAUUUUGUAUUAAACUUUGAAUAUAAAUGUAAUUACAUUUCUCAGUGGCGCAUUAUUUAUAAUACUACGUCACGUAUGUAAAUUGUUAUACAAUAUGCUCGUCUCGUUGUAUAUUUAUUAAAGCAUUUUCGAAAAAUAUGCACGGAAAAUUUUGCGUAAAGUGAUUAGCUUUUCAUUUAGAUAUUAAGUACACCGGAAAAGAGCUGUGAUAGAAAAUGUAUUUCAUGUUUCCAAUUAAAUUUUCACCGAUAAAUUCAUUCCCUCAUUUAUUAUAUUCUCUACAGCGUCCGAAAAAUCGUUAAAAAAAAAUAUUAUACGUAUUUACUUUUUUUUAUCAGAUUACAGAAAAUACUUCUUCUAAGGACCCAAAAAAACAUCGUUUACAUAUCUUACAAGGCAUUACUCUACUAUACUGUCUACUCUCCCGCCAAAUUCGACGAAAAAAAUCGCAUACAUUGUUGACAUCAUAUUCGUUACGCUUCUCGUACACUAAUCCAGCUAUGUAUAAUUCGUGAGACGGAAACUAUACUUUGUCCUUGACACUUCGCAUACCGAACUAUGCGAGAUCUAUUUACAAAAUGUACAGAAUUAGCAAAUAAAAUAAAAAUAAAAAA